CCAGAUCACGUGGUCUUGCGCGCCUGUCAAACAAACGAGGCUUCAAAAUCUUUGGCAGCCUCGUGGUGUUGUGAAAGUUAAAAUUCGAAGGAAGUAGCGAUAUUGCUUUUAAUCAUUCACGAUAAGCUUUGAUUUUGAGUGAAUUAUUGCUCUGGAUAUAAUGCGCCCUAAAAGAGCAAGAGACAUGGAAAAUCCUUGGAACACAUAUGACAGUGAGGGUAAAAGAAUUAUGAAUUCAGAUGAUGUUCCAAGCUCCAAGAGGAGAAGGGGAAAUCUUGCCAAAGACAGUGUUCGAAUCCUGAAGCAGUGGUUGUAUGAUCAUAGGUAUAAUGCUUAUCCAACUGAUCAAGAGAAAGUUUAUCUGUCAAACGCUGCAAAUUUGACAGUUUUGCAAGUUUGUAAUUGGUUCAUCAACGCUCGUCGUCGUAUUCUUCCUGAAAUGAUCAAGGAAGAUGGGCAUGAUCCAGAACAAUACAUGAUUACACGAAAGCAUAAGCAAUCAUUGCUUGAUAGAUUUGAUGAGAGAAUGAUCAAACAGUCUGAUAGUUCAUACGCAGACUCUGAUGUAAUACCAUUUAAAAUUGGUCGUCUUGAAAGUGUGAUUACAUCCUCAUCAUCGCCAGAAAUUGAUGGUUACAUGUCCGAUUAUGAAGCUUCUUCAUCAAGUGACAAUUUCUCUGAAUCGGAGGGAAGUGGUGAUAGUUUACAUGGAGUUCAUUUCGCUCGUCACCUUCCCGGUCAGGUUGUUGCGCAAAACGGCCUAUUAAUCUACAAGCCUGACAGUGGGUCUCAGUCUGAUGGUCAGAGUGAAUGUUCUAGUGGCAAUACACCCCCUCCAUCACCGCCAACAUCAAAUCCAAAUGUGAUCGUCAAACCUGUGGAGGAAGACCGGUUCCGUCCUUUCUUUAUGUUGGUAGAUGUUGCCAUGAAUGAACUUGAGAAGCAGAAAGAAAGUGAAUCAAAUUAACUAAAUUUUUCAAAGAAAACGUACACACAAAUAAACAUGAAAACUUUACAAUACAAAUCAGGAUUACUAUAUGCAAUUCAUUCCAUUUGAUAUGUUGCACUGACAUAAGUGAUCAAUGCAUUUGAAACUAUGCAUUAUGAAACUGUUGAUGGAUAAGUGGAUAAAAACAGUUUAGUGAUACUGACAUGCCGUAAAAUGUGUUCAAUAUUUUGUUGAUUUUUCAGAACUAUGCAUUUAGUUGUCUAUUGUUUUGUUAUGUUUUUUUACUUUCACCCCUUUUUUCACAGUGCUACAGAUAAAAUAUCUUUUCAAGUAAUUGGUUAUCUGUCAUUUAUCAUUAACAUAUUGUGGUUCCCAUAAGCUUGCUUUUACAGAGCAGAUCUGCUGAUAAUAUCGAACUGUUAUCUUUUCAAGUUUAAAACAAUGUUGAAAUUGUUAUCAAUUAAGCUGAUAUAAGUUGAUGGUGAUCUUUUUCUUAAAGUUUUAUUUGUGCUGUCAAGAAUAACAUUAUUUUGAGUAAAAAAAAUAUUUGUUUAUUUCCAUUUAUAAUACUUAAGUUAAAUUUGGUAUUUCUCAAGUAUUUUCUUAUUAAAUGAUAUUUUCUUAUGAUUUAUUUACCAAAACUGUUAAAAAGUACUGGUAAUUACAUUUAAUUAUAAUUUUGUCUUACUUUAAAGUAGUUGAUCAUGAAAUUAUUUUAUGAAUGUGAAUGAUAUGCCAUAAAAUUGAAUUAAGUUGGUUGUAUAUUAAGUGUAGGGCAGGUUGCAUCUUUUAUUGUGACAUUAUAUAUCCCUUUAGGGCACUUGGAUUAAUUUAUUAUAACAGGUACGUUUGUUCAAAUCCUUAAUGUGAAGGGCUUCAUAUCAUACUAGGGUUUUUAAUUCUUUCUCAGGUUUGUCAAAACACUUGCUUUAGAUAUUAAAGACUUGUUUUUAUUAUGUUAGAUCUAAGUUUUUCUUUCUCUAAGCAUAAAGUGUUGAUUGUGUAUAAAUAAACAGGAAGUUUGUCUAGCAUAUUAAUCUCCUGUGGGUGUUAUUUACUUGCUGGGAUAUUGUUAAAUUCAAUCAAUCCUAAAUAUUGAUUUCUAUUAAACAGGAAGAAAUUUGGGAUGUUUUUUUUUUAUAAAUAAUUUCUGAUUUA